AUGUCUCUGGUCAAUGAAAUCCGUAAAAUCCCAUCUGUGACGCGGUUUUUUUGUGGUGCUUAUCUUGUAGUGUCUGUACCGGUUAUGCUUGAAAGUCUUUCUCCUGACAAGAUCGUAUUCGUGAAAGAAUUGGUGAUACAGCAAUUUCAAGUAUGGCGAAUUUUCACAAGUUUCUUUCUCGGGGGUAAACGCUAUUCUUUGCAUUUGGCAUACUAUGGUGGUCUUGCUGACAACACUGUGUACGAAAAGGUCCUAGACUUGGUUAUAUCUUCGACCUCCCAAAAUUCGAACCAGCUGGAGUCUCAAUACUACGUGGGACGAGUUGCGGACUACGUUUGGCAGACGUUUCUCUCUGGUAUCGGUAUCAUUGCACUCAACAUCCCUCUCCAAUCAUUCGUCCAUACACGGCCGUUUCUCUUGGCGCUCACUUACCUUACCUCCCGGCUUGCUCCUCCUGGCUCGCAGACAUCGUUCUUUGGGCUAUUCAACUUCCCCGUGCUCUACCUACCCUUUGCCCUAAUUGCGUUCGACCUCAUGAUGGGCGGGCGGGCGGCUGCAGCGAGAAGCAUCUCGGGAGCGAUUAUCGGUCACUUGUGGUGGUGGGGAGUUUGGGAUAGCGGGAUUUUGCGCAGACUAGGCACAGCUCCGAUAUGGUUACGCAAUUUGAUCGGCGGAGGCAGAGAUUCCGGCGCAGGAGGUGGUGUGCAUGUUGUACCACCGCGGGCAGAGAGUUUUAUGUUCACAGUGGGGAAACUAGAUGCUGGGAUGGCCAUUCUCUUAGGAGAGCGCGCACAUCUCAUCGAGUUCCCCUCGCUGUUGCUGCCACCUGGCGCCACAACGGGUUCCAUCGUGAAUAUCUCUGUUCAGCGAAACGUAUUGGAAGAGAAGAAAAGGGAAUCGGAGUUUUGGUCGCUACAACAAGAUAUUUUGGAGAAGUAUGGGACGAGGUCUCCAGAACCUCCCAAACUUGAGCUACGCAAUGUCACCCAAACCUCUGUGACAUUGGAAUGGCCCCAAAUCAACCUGGCUAGUGCAAAGUUGCGUUCGCUCGACAUAUACCGCAAUCGGCAGCGUCUCGCGUCGAUCCCCUCUCCUCUCACGAACACAUCCACGAAGCUCUCUGGGCUACAAGUUGAUACCGAGUACACAUUCCAACUCGUUCUGCGUACCACUGCUGGUGUCUUCCCAUCGAACCUACUCCGUCUUCGGACUCACACUAUGACGGACACGUCUGGAAUUGUUGUAUGUUUUGGCAACGUGCAAGACCCCGUGCUGCUGGAUAAUGCGAAGAUGGCGUUGCGUGAGAUGGGUGCGAAGUGGUACGAUAAGAUCCAAAUUGAUACCACGCACUUCGUAUGCACAACUCCGGCUGCGACACCAAGCGGGGCACAGGCGUCAGGAGGUUUAACGACCGCACCAGGUGUGGAGUACCAGAAAGCACUGCAAUUAACAAUCCCUAUUGUACAACCCCACUGGAUUCUUGCUUGCCACUCGACAAAAAAGAUGGUUCCCAUUCACCCAUACUACUUGGGUGCGAACCCACCCGCAUCGGUAUCACUGAACUCCCGGCCGCAAUCGAUGUCGCAGGCGAGUCUUUCUCGCGAUGCACGUAGCGGGUCUCCGGGACAGCAACAAAAACACGUCCAGAACAGACAGUCUAUGCCCCCACAGCGAGUAUCAUCAACGUCGCCCCCGACACCUGCAUCUGCGUCGUCUCCAGCGCAGCCACGUUCCGCGCCGGGACCUACAAGACGGUUUGAACCCACACCCGAGGAGGAGCCCGAAGAAGAGGACAGAGAGGAACAGCAGCGGUUCUCCAACCACGUGCGCAAGGGCACAAUGAGCAAGAACUUCCGAUUUCCGCCCCCUGCGCCUUCCACGCCGCCGGUCCCGCCUGUGGCGAGCCAAAGCGACGAUGCGGCUUCAGUGCCCGUGGGAUUGAUCACUCCAUCGAGCGUCGAGGUGCCACCUCCGCCCCCGGUUGACAAAGAGUUUGCACCUCAUUUAAUGCCAGAAUCAGUGGAUGACGACGUUGGCGAGACGGAGGAAAUAUCUCUCAACUAG